ACUGCCGAGUUUAUCUAUAAGUGAAAGGGAACUUAGAUCAACUCUAAUAUACAUCUGCUGCAUCGAUUUUGACACGGUUGCAUACUUCAAAUUGGAAAAUGUCGAACAAAAGGUUACAGCAGACGCAAGCCCAAGUGGAUGAGGUCGUCGACAUAAUGAAAGUGAAUGUCGACAAAGUAUUGGAGAGAGACGCAAAAUUAUCAGAACUUGAUUCUCGAGCAGAUCAAUUACAAGCUGGAGCAUCACAAUUUGAACAUAGAGCAGCUAGGUUGAAGCGAAAAAUGUGGUGGCAGAACUGCAAGAUGUGGAUUAUCCUUAUUGUGGUGAUUGUUGUCAUCAUUGCAGCAAUAGUCAUCUGGGUGGUAGCAAACCAAAGUGCAAAACCCACUUCUGCUCCUGCUGUAACUUCAAAACCCUAACUCAUAUACACUAUAAACUAUUCAUACUAAUGACUAAGGUAUCAGGGUUCUUUUUUUUUUUGUACUUUAAUUAAAACAUUAUCUAGUAGUUGCUGUACAUAUGUAUUAAUUAAUGACCAAUAGUUAAAAUAUUUCCUGUUUGAAAAUGCUAUAUCUAGACUGUACUAAAAAAUGAAAUAUAGGUAAUUGAAGUUUGGAAAAAUUCAAAGGUCAGCAUUUAACGCCCAAGAUUCAAUCCAACAUUCUCCUGUCUUGGUGAUAUGCAUUUCCUUGAAAAUUAGUGAAGGGAGUUUCAAAUUAUAUCAAGACAACAUCAAGCUGGUUAGGUUUUUUUAACUCCCCUCGCCUGUUUACGAAGCAUUGUGAUGAAACUGAGGAGAAAGAACCUGUAAUUAUGAUAUCUUCUGAGAAUUAACAAUAAACCACUUCUUGAUCAAAAAUUUGUUAAGACAUAAAUAGAUGAAGGAAGUCAACAGAGGGGAAGGUAGACAGAUGUCGAGGGGAGGGGAGGGGAGGGAGGUGAUGUACAAGAACACCUGCUUUGGAAUUACAUUUGUGCUCAUGGUUAUGAAAUUUGGUUCUCCCACUUCUGUGGGGUCACAAAGAUAAUUGCAUACAGGAACCUCUGGAUUCUAUAAAAGUCCUUGUGUUUAGUUUUGUUUGAUCUUUGCUUUUGGUCUGGGUGGGGAGAUAGAUAUUAUUUUGCACAGUUUCAACAGAUAACAAGCCUUUUUGUCUAUUAAGUGAAGUUCAAAAAAAGUGGUGUUGAUUAGUUUCCAAACCAAAAUGGUAGCCUUAUUUUUCAAAAGGUUUUCUUGUAAGUGUUGAGAAUGAUUCUCUUCUCAUUAGUAUGUUAUUCCAAUAGAUAAUUGUUUUGGAACUGUAAAGUCAAGAACAGUAAUGAUUAUUGAAGCCUUUUCUUAAAGCUGAUUUACUAUUCAAUACCUUAUUUUUCUUUUAUUUAACUUGUAAUGUAGUUAUCCUAACAAAGCAAGUAAGGAAAUAGUAAAUUAAUUAAACCUCGAAAAUAUUUGGUCAAAAAGUAUCUUUCUACUUAUUGUAAACCUUGAACCAGCCAUUCUUAAAACACUGAAAUGUAAGCAAUUAACUACAAUGUUUGUCAUUUCAAAUUUCUGCAGGCAUUUUGCAGGAGUAUAAAAGAAGUAAAAACAUGCCUUACUGUA